ACAAAGAGACGUCCUGCGCGCUCCCUGUGGAGCCUAAAACAAUUUGCUCCACCUGACGGGGGCGCGCGUGCCCGCCAGGGCUUACACACGGUCCGCGUGUCUCCAUCUGAUCCGAGAACUGCUCCAUGACACGCCCCCUCAGAGAGAGAGAGAGAGAGAGAGGAGUGUGUGCGCCUCCCUUUCUCUCUCUCUCUGUGUGAGAGCGAGCCUCCUCAGCGCAGCUUCGAGUCUGUCCUCGCUGCUCCUCGCGCUGCUCCUCGCGCUCAGCUCUCGACAUCAGGGGGACCGUUGGUGGGCAGAGCCUGGACAGAGCAUGCGUGGCGGCCGCGUGUGUGCGCGUGGAGCGGGUCCGAGCGGCGAAUCAAAGAGGAGAGCGACGCUCUGAGAGUUUUUCCCACUUUUACGCGUUUCUGUACACGCGCGGCACACGUGGACGUCCGUGACCCCGCCGCGUGGCACUGGUGCGUACGGCCCGUUCUUCGGGCUCCCCGGCUACCCCCCUCCCCCGCAUGUCCUCCCGCGGCUCGGCCUGACCCCUCUCUGAGCGCGCGCACGGCUCUGGGAGCAGCAUGGCGGCGGGAGUGGCCGCGUGGCUGCCGUUCGCACGCGCGGCGGCCAUUGGCUGGAUGCCGGUGGCCAGCACGCCCAUGCCACUGCCGCCCCAGGAGAAGCGGCGCACGAAGGACGGGCUGCUGGUGCUAAACGUGAGCGGCACGAGGUUCCAGACAUGGCGGGACACGCUGGAGCGCUACCCAGACACGCUGCUGGGCAGCACAGAGCGAGACUUCUUCUUCCACGAGGAGACCAACGAGUUCUUCUUUGACCGUGACCCGGACAUCUUCCGUCACAUCCUCAACUUUUACCGAACUGGGAAGCUGCAUUACCCCCGUCAGGAGUGCAUUGCGGCGUAUGAUGAGGAGCUGGCGUUCUUUGGCAUUGUUCCAGAGAUCAUUGGGGACUGCUGCUACGAGGACUACAAGGACCGGCGGCGUGAGAACCAGGAGCGCAUCCAGGACGAUGAGGACAUUGAACAGUCCAACGAGCCAGUGCCCGUUGACAUGAGCUUCCGGGAGAGCAUGUGGCGCGCCUUUGAGAAUCCGCACACAUCCACCAUGGCUCUGGUUUUCUACUAUGUCACCGGGUUCUUCAUCGCAGUGUCAGUGCUCGCCAAUGUGGUGGAGACGGUCCCGUGCGGUACUGCGCCCAACCGUGUCAAGGUAAUGUCAUGUGGUGAGCGGUACGAGCUGGCCUUCUUCUGCCUGGACACUGCGUGCGUCAUGAUCUUCACUGUGGAGUACCUGCUCCGCCUGCUGGUCGCUCCCAGUCGCUACAAGUUUGUGAAGAGCGUCAUGAGCAUCAUCGACGUGGUGGCUAUCAUGCCGUACUACAUCGGCCUGGUCAUGACCGACAACGAGGACGUGAGUGGUGCCUUCGUCACACUACGCGUCUUCCGGGUGUUUCGGAUUUUCAAGUUCUCACGGCACUCUGCGGGACUUCGCAUCCUGGGCUACACGCUGAAGAGCUGCGCCUCGGAACUCGGCUUCCUGCUCUUCUCGCUCACCAUGGCCAUCAUCAUCUUCGCCACUGUCAUGUUCUACGCCGAGAAGGGCAUGUCCGGGAGCAAGUUCACCAGCAUCCCCGCAGCCUUCUGGUAUACCAUCGUCACCAUGACGACCCUGGGAUAUGGUGACAUGGUGCCAAAGACCAUUAUGGGGAAGAUCUUUGGUUCCAUCUGCUCUUUGAGUGGCGUGUUGGUCAUCGCCCUGCCGGUCCCCGUCAUCGUGUCCAACUUCAGCCGAAUCUACCACCAGAGCCAGCGAGCCGAGAAGAGAAGAGCGCAAAAAAAAACCAGGCGUGCUAGAAUUCGAGCAGUGAAGAGUGGAGGCGCUAACGCUUAUUUGCAGUACAAACGCAGCCGGCUGAUUAUUGACCCUGAGGAGGAGGCAUCCAAAGAAGCAGGACAGGCGCUGGUGUGUAAGGCCAACCCUAACUUCGAGGUGCAUCAUCAUCAUCUCUUGAACUGCCUGGAAAAGACCACGAAUCACGAGUUUGUAGAUGAGAAGACGUAUGAGGCGACCUGCAAGGAUGUUACACUGCUGAAGCAGGUUUCUUGCUCUUCCUCCAUCUCAUCCUCUUCAACUCAUGGCCUAAGCUCCUGCUGUGGCCGCAGGAAGAGGAAGACCUUCAACGUCCCAAACUCCAACAUGUCUGUGGGUCUGCAGGGCAGUCUCCAGGAGCUGAGCACCAUCCAGAUCAGGGAGCGACCACUAACCAACAGUCGUUCCAGUCGAUCCAGUCUCAAUGCCAAAUUUGAGGAGACAGUUCCUUUAAACUGUGACCAACCCUACAUCACCUCCGCUAUCAUCAGCAUGCCCACGCCACCUGGCACCACCCCUGAAGGUGAUGAAUCCACCAGCUCCACUGACUACUCCCAGGCCAACAUUGUGCGGGUGUCUGCACUUUAGGCCCCAAAAAGACUCUCCCACACUACCACCCACUGCGCUGGAAGACGGCAGGCGUUGGCGGUCUACAGCUUGAACCACACCAGACUCAGAGUAGGCUUUGGUAGCUGCAUCAUGUGUCCACAAUGGAAGUGAUGGGUUAGCUUAAAUGCUUCAGACCUGCUGUGGAGAAGCAGGUCUACAGGUCACACUAAAACUGACUCUGAUUUGGACUGUAGUUGUUUAUUGUUCUCUCUUUUUCUUCUGGGAGGAUUUUUCCGCUGGUAAAAUAGCAGCCGCCUGACUGAAGGUGGAUCUCUGCUUCUUGCUGAGAGGACAUCACCACCACCAACGUAUCUUUGUCCUGAAUGGUGGCUUAGCGAGCCAGCACUAAGACACCAUUGGAUCAUUCUGAAAUAUGUUUAGCACAGAGACUGGCAGCUGGGGUCAACGCUUCACAUUUAUUAUAUGUUGAAUCUUCUUAGUCAGUUACUAGUCCAUUUAGCUGAAUUUGACUAUCUGGAGGUGGACUUUAGAGCCAGAAGCUUAAUCUGAGCUAACCAGACUUGUGUUUUAAUCAAGCUUUAACCUUUUAAAUUACCUGCAUUACUUUCAUAUUAGGUCUACCGUACUCCUUUGAAAGAUAAUGUAGAAAAUACAUAAAGCAGACAGAGCGUUUAGUUUAGGCUCAGAGGUCCUCAGCUGAUUUGAACUUUAUCUCCAAUCACUGGAAUUCACUUAGCUGGGCUUGCAGUCUUUGUGCUAAGUUAGACUAAACCUGUCCCAGUAGAAACCAGGAUGAGACGGAUGGUGACGGAGGGUUUAUUAUCACACUGUCACACUUCUGAACCUGACAGACCCUCUGUGUUUGUAGAAAAUGUUCUGAGGACAUGUUGAAGGUUGGGACUCGCCAUUUGUUUUGCAGUCUUCUGAGUCUCUUUUAUAAGUACAUAUUUGUCCUGGGUGGAGGCUGUUAGCCGCUAAAGACUGCAGCGUUUGUCCUAUUAUGGGUGGGACAGCAGAUAUUUACAGCCUGCACCCAGUGAUGAAAUAUAUCAUGUAAUGCAUUAUUAUUAUUAUUAUUAUUAUUAUUAUUAUUUUCACGUUAUUUUCUUUCAGUCAUCAUAUUUUUUGUUAUUAUUAUUUAUUAGUGUUGGUGAAUGGGAAAGUUUAUCUUCAGGUGUACGUGCUACAACAGGGAAAUUAUCUUUUUUUUUUUUAAUUUCAUUUCAUGGAUUUUAUUUGUUCGAUUUUUUAUUCUUGUUUUCAUUUUUUGAAAUAAUGAUAUAUUUCCUUUUACCCCACAUCAGUAGUUUGUGAUCUGCUGCCUACAGCCCUGAACAUGUGAAUGCCCCACGGUGUGUUAGCCACAGACAGUGGGCGGGGCUUUUCUUCUGAAAAGAUGUGAACGAUUUGUAUUUGCAGCUGUCAUGAAGAAGAAGAGGAUGAGGAAAACAGUGAGCAUGCUCAGUAUCUGUGCGUUCCUGUCUACGGACCCUUGUGUUUCCAUGUAAGCCAGGACGCUCCUCUGCAUGCACAUCUGGCUGGUGGUGUGAGCAGUUCGGGUUCUAGUACUUAUUCUGUAAAUAUGAGUUUUCUAGCUGACCUUUCUGACUGCCUUCCUCUCUGCUGUACAGAAACACCAAACCGCCAUCGUGCAAAUGUUGAUGUCAAUUUGUGAUAAGAGAAUCUUUCUGUUGUUGCACUGGGUCUGGCAGUGAUGUGUAUUGUAAAUCUUGCAGACUGAUUUGAUGCACUUGUUGCCUGAUGUUUUUUUUCUCAUUGUUCACCUGAGUGUUGGGUUAGGUGACGGGACACAGAUUUACAGCACUGACUCUGAGCUGACAGCUGGAACCACAGUUUAAACAGAAAAUGGGCAAACCACCAGUUACCCACAAAAACAACCACAACAGCAAAAAAAGUGCUUUUUUUUUUUUUUUUUUUUUGCUGUUGGUGUUUCCGUCAACAACCUCUGUUUUACUUUUUGGUUAAAGAUUUUAACAAAUAUUAUUUAUCUAAAGUACAAAUUAACAGAUCCCAUUGUUUGAUGGAAAAAUGACCAAAAAAGUGAUUUUGUAGUAUGGAAAGAAGAGCAAUGAGUAUAAAAUCCAGUGUUAGCUGCCUGUGUAGCUUUCACAUGCUUAUCUCACAGAGACACGUGAAAUGAUCGAGCUUUUUCAACUCAGCCAAGUAAAUUUGUUGCCUGAAUCACAUUAAAUGGAGACUGAAGUAAAAAAUUCAACCAAACAUCCAGAAGUAAUCUAUGAUCAGUCUUUUGGUCUCCCUCUUCUGAGUGCGGGCAUGAUCACACUGACAGCCUGAAAGCUGCACUUCCUGAAAUGUCCCACAGACUUGCAUGUUAAAACUUUACAGCAGAAAUAAACAUGUUUACAGCCUGAUACGCAAACUGUUUGUCUCUGUAGAUAUUUUCCCCUUCAUUAUACAGUGGGGCAAAAAAGUAUAUAAGAUAAGAUAGAAAUUUAUUAAUCCCUCGGGUGGGUUCCUCUGGGAAAUU